AUGGCGACCCCGAUACAGAGCUUGCACAUCGCAAAUCCCACAUUAGACCACCGCCCCUGGACCCAACGAGGGUGCACACGAAUAGAACACCUCUACAAGGAAGGUAAACUAGAACCAUAUCCCAUUCUGAAACACAAAUACCAAUUGCCAAAUGCCACUCUGUUCACAUACCUCCAAAUAAAAGCACUUCUGGAGAAUGAGACCACAACAACACCCACACCCUUAAAACAUGUUUAUCACAUAUGCACCACGGGCAACAUACCAAAAAAGACACUCUCUCUACUCUACGCAACACUAAACGACAACCCUAAAACACCACCGAAAGACAAAUUCAAGGAGCAUUGA